AUGUCAUCGAAUUCAAAAUCAUCUGAUCGUAUUAAUAAAAAGAAAACAUUAUAUCAAUUUGAUCGUGGUCCUGUACAAAUGGUUAAUCAGGUUUCAACAGUAAAUACGGAACAAAUCAUGCGUCUUCAACUACUUUUCUUUUCUCUACUUGAAAUACUUUCAUUAAAACUAACUGACAAUGAUCCGCUUAAAUCUUAUCUUUUGUUUGAACAGCUACUCAAUCUUCUUGAACAGAGUAAAAUGCUUCCAAUAUCCAUGUGUUUAUCAGCUAAAUCAAUAAGACAUGAAAAGAUUUUUUUAAGUUAUGUACGAAUUUUACAACAAGCUAUUCAAUCAAUAUUAAUUAAUAUUCAAAAAGAUCCAGUAUCAUCAGAUAGAUCGAUGUUCAGUAAUGUUUUACCAAAAAAUGUUGAAAAAAUUUUACUGUCAUCACCACCAUCACCCAAAAUUAGUAUUGAUAUUCCUCAACAAGAGAUUCAAUUAAAAAUACCAUUACCUUUACCAAUCAAUGGAACGGUAGCAAUAAGCGGCUUUGGUGAUGCUGUUAUUUUUCGUUAUGUUCAAGAUUUUUAUGAAAUCGAUAAAUUAGGCAAAGGUGCUUUUGGUUCUGUAUUUCGUGCAAAAAAUCGUUUAGAUGAUCGUAUGUAUGCUAUAAAAAAAAUUAUUUUUAAUAAGAAUACAGAUAGAACUCGGUGUCAAGCACAACGAGCAUUACGGGAAGUACGAGUCCUCGCAGCAUUGAGUCAUCCUAAUAUAGUGCAAUAUCACUGUGCAUGGCUCGAAUUAGUACCUUUUGCAGCUCGUCAACGUCGAACAACACGAACAAAAAUACCUAUUGCUGAAGUUAAAGAAUAUGAUUCUCGUGAUGAAUUAAUUCAAUUUGAAGGACAAUCAUUAUCAUCGCAAAAAAGCAGAAAGCAAAAUGAUGAAAUAAAAUCAUCACAAAAAAGUUCCACAACAUCAACAGUCAGUGAUGAUGAUGAUGAUGGAAGUGAGAUCUCAAUAUUUGAAAGUAAUCGUAAACAUUCUCAUGCACAAAGUCAACAUCAAUAUCAUUCAGAUGGCGAUAAUCAUACGGCGUUUUCUUCUUCAAAAUUUACUAGUGAAAUUUCAAAAUCUUAUUAUGAAACAACAUCCAAUGAAGAAUUUUCAAACAAAGAACUCAUUCCACUACAUACACGAAAUCAAUCUAUGCAUCUACUAAUGCAAUCGAAUUAUAUUGAUUCUAAAAUAGUACUUUUUAUUCAAAUGCAGGUAUGCGAUACAACAUUGCAUGAUUGGUUACGUUAUCGUGAUGAUUCAAUUGUUCAAGAUACGCCUGAUGAAAAGAAGAGUGUCUUUUAUUCAUUGAAUGAUUUAGGUCAACGUCAAUGUUGGCAUAUUUUUAAACAACUUUUAACUGCUGUAGAAUAUCUUCACUCACAAAAUUUUAUUCAUCGUGAUAUAAAACCACGAAAUAUCUUUCUUGCAUACGAUUCAAAAGAUGUUUCAAGUGUUCAUGUUAAAUUAGGUGAUUUUGGUUUGGCUACUUUACUUGAUUGUGAAUCAACAUCGGACUCUUCUGAACACUUUAAAAACGAGGAAUCCACUGGUGUUGGUACAGCUCUAUAUGCUCCACCUGAACAACUUAAUUCACACCGUUGUAUCACCACGGCUAAAUCAGAUUCAUACAGUUUAGGCAUUGUUCUCUUCGAACUAUUUAGUAUAUUUUCAACUGAGAUGGAACGACAUCGUUCUCUAAAUGAUUUACGUGUAAAUGUAAAAGUCGAAGAACAAUUUUCAACAUCUUAUCCAUUUGAAUCAAACAUAAUUGAACAGUUAGUAUCUAUUGAAAGUGACAAUCGACCCAGCGUUGAAGAUUUAUUAUCAAUUUAUGGAAGAGAAAUGCAACAGAGAAUGAGAAAGCAUAAUAAUAAUACAAAACAGAUGAUUAUUGAACAAUUGCAAGAAAAAUUACGCGAGAGAGAUAAAAAAAUUCAGCAAUUAGAGCUUGAACUAGGAAAAAUAUAG